CGGAAUCCUUAGUCGUCGCCAAGCGGUCGUGCGUGAAGGUCCUCUUUCUGAUAAGGUCGUCAUAAGGUGCCAGGUGAUAUGAUAUAAAACCAUAGUUUCAGUUGAUAGUACGGAGAAAGCGAAUCCGAUAGUGGGUAUUGCAGUUGUAAGCAUAUUGAGUGGAAUAUUUAGGGUGUCGAAAAUGAAGUUAGAUAAUAACGUAUUUAUGGCUGAGUAGAGAAUAAUAUUAGCAUCGAAAAAGUAGAACGAUUCAGUUAUCAAAUAGUGAUCAAUAAUAACAUGGGAAAAGUUCGUGAUAUUCGGGAAGGUGUGAAUAAAUGGUGAAAGUGGUUUGCUAGUGUCAGGAUUGCUAAUGGAUUACUUUAAUUAAAGGAGGUAUCCAAACCAAAGUGAUUCCUCAUCAAAGGCAAAAUGGCAUCAUCAGAUGUGGAAGCGAAGCUGAGGGACCUCCCUGAUAAGUACUUCGUAAUUAUUGCCAGGAUAAUAGCAGGCUACGAGAAUGAUACAACGGCUCUAGAACACUUCAACGAUCCCAUUUUGAAACCUAGCGUUAGAUCGAUAUAUAUGCUGUUCGUGCUGCAGUAUGCUAUCCUGGCCAUAGUUGGGAGCGUAAUGAAUAUUGCAAUCACGGUUUAUGCACUGAUACAUCGGCUCUACAAGGACGUGACCCAUGCAUUCAUCAUAAACCUGGCAAUUUGUCACUUCGUACAAUGCUCAAUCGUUCUACCAAUCAGCCUCAUGAUACUGCUCAUACAGAAUUGGAUGUUUGGACAAUUUCUGUGUUUUUUCCUGCCCAUUUUGCAGGAUAUACCAUUUCAUGUGGCAAUGAUAUCCCAUCUGCUCAUCGCUUGGGACCGGAUGAGAUGGUUGGGUGAUCCACUCCGAGGGAGGCUACCAGCGUUCGUAUGUUGCUGUGCUACUUGGCUCACUGGUAUGGUAAUAGCCCUACCAUAUCCCAUUUACACCACAUAUUUGGACCUUGGGACAUACGUUGCGGGGCUUCAAGGAGUUGGUCUUUGUUUCGUUAACUUGAUCGACGAUAUGCAAGAAUACAUGCGAGGUCUAUUUGUGAUAAUGUAUUGUGCACCGACAACAAUAUUGGCAUAUUUGUACAUUAGAACGUCGCAGGAACUAAGGCCUCCUGAUGGUCCAUUCGCCGUCAUGAUGUUUGAACAUCGAGCGGAUAUUCGAAAUCGGCAACGGAAUUCGACUACGUCGUCGUCCACAGAGAGACCUGCCCGACAGGAUUCGUCCCGUUCUUAUGACUUAUAUAAUGCUGAACUAGACGUGACCCGAGAAAAACGUACACAGCGACAUCUCGGAUCGAUGGCCGCCACGCAAGUAGUCUGUAUUUGUCCAUUGAUGGUGCUUCGCCUGGCCAAAAUGGUGCUAACCGAAACCUACGAAAAUGCCAGGCAUUUUGAUUUUACGUACUUAAUGUUCGUGUGGACGGCAUUUCUUCCAACUGUUAUAUUCCCAUGCAUUUACGUUUGUGGAAUCCUUUCCAGAUCUGAAAAGGAACGCCUUCGCGGCUACUUGCGAUUAUCAACGAGGAAAAAAGGUUCCAAGAAGACAAGGGAUCCGCCGGAAGAGUCGACAAUACAUGAAAACCUUACGCCUGAUGUAACCACUACGAAUCGCAGUGACUCUAUUGAAAAACAAGAGAACCAUCGAGAACCCAGUGAGGAAAAGGAGAAUGUCAAUAUAAUUACGAACAUGCGACAUCCUAUUGUCGGGCGGAGCACUAGGCCUACUCCGCGUUUCGCUAACUACUUUCAAUCCGCGACAUUUACCGAUUCAAUAAAUAAUUCUUGCUCGAACAUUACUUCAAGUACGUACUGUAAUAAUGGCACUGAGCGAGGGAGUGUUAUCGAUUCGGAAAACACGUCCGUCUUAAGUGCGGACAAGGAUUCGCUUUUUGAACGGAAAUGGGUAAAUUCUCUGGCGUCUUCGGCACUUUGCCAUAAGGACGUGACUUUCUCCGAUUGCGAAUCAAUUGUUCGCCAUGACUCCUCCAGUACUUUUGAACGAGAUCUGGAAAUUAUUGAUCUCCUGGAGCGAGAACGUAGCAUGGACAUACAGGACAUCAUGCAACGUGAAAGGAAGGGUGAGUUUGUGAGGAAUCCCAGUUCCGAAAGACGGAAACUUCCUGACCUUGGCAAAAUUUGCAAAUCCCCAAAAAAUAGUGUUUAUAGUUAUGAAAAUGCUUUUGAUUAUCCGCAACGAUUGCCGAGUCGAAAAAGCUCGCAUAGCUCAUAUGUGGGACAUGCUGUAGUAAAACGUGAUAGCCUAAAUUCAGCCGGGAGCGAAUGUGGGGUCUUUCCUAGUCGUAGUGACUCUGUGAGCAAGCCAGUGAUGGAGAAUAGGGUUAAGCGAACGAAACGAAAUAGUAGCUCGUCAUCAAGGAGUUUAAUUAAGUCGCAGGAACACAUUUUUCCAAAUCCAGAAAUGGAUUUUCGGGAAAAUGUUUUCGCUAACCUGUGAGAUGUGAUCGAAAGUUAGUUUUGUUCAGUUAUGAAAUCAGCUCGUAAAUUUACGUUUUUAAAAAGUACAUUAUGAACGUUCCGUCCCUAAUGAAGAUAGAAAUAUUCACCACCGCGAAUAGGUAAAAGUUCUGUUCAUUUAAUUUUCUCACCCCGUGCUCGAAUUUAUUCUAUUCGGGGGUAUGUAGAUGCGCCGGUUCUUCAGAAACAGGAUUGUUCGAAAACCACAAUUUUAAACCGAUUCGGUUAAAUCAAUUUGAGUCCCAGUCUACCCCAAUACAACUGAUGUCACAAAUAAAAAUAAAAUCCUUUUCUAAUGUGAAGCUAUCUGAGAAAUUCGCUUGGACGUUCCACAGAAAUUUGUAUCCAGUUCAAUGACAAAUAUUUAAAUGAACCAUGUUGGAGUCAUCCCUUUUCAUAGCAAACAACUACAUAACUUUUCACAGCUGGAGUGGUAUCUCUGCCUUCUUGAUUAAAAUAUUUAUCUAUUGUCCUUUUGUGGACUCGUGUAUCACAAGCUUUCAAUUCGUUUCGUUUGACAGUCGUGUGGUAUGCUCGAGUGUACAUAUAUGGUAGGUGUAUGUCGAAGGAUGAAGUGGGUGCAUUUAGGAAGUUUUUGGAAAUUUAGAGGAAUGGAAUGCUAUUUCGAUUCAGUUCCUACCUUGGCUUGAAGGGUGGGAACUGGGGGCUGUAUCGUUUGGGUAUUUACCUCAAAUGCCGGUAUUCUUCGUUUGGUUGAAUUUUUGUGCAUUCUGCUAUCUAACACGCAGAUUUCGGGUCUUUUUACAGACAAGGCCUUAUGUCUAUUUGCAAGGAUUCCUGCAUUCCGCUCAGGAAAAUUUCAAAUUCAUGAAGAUUAUAAUACCGAGCAUAUCAAGGAUUCCUUCGUUUACAUACACAUACAGACGUAAUUUGAAUAAAGCCAUAAAAAGUUGGAGGAGUGUCUGGUUUGCUUCCUUCAAAUAUAAAUUGUGAAAAUUCUCCUAAAGAGACAACUUGAACCCAUAAAAAAGGAGCUCUUUCAAAAUGGAUCUCUUUAAAGGAGAACUAAUAAAACUUGGAAGAAAUUCCUUCAAAUAUUUUAAGAUCACAGAAUCCUUUCUUCUGCAUUGAAGCUAGCAAACAAUUUUUACUUUAAUUAAUAAGAAAGAAAAUGAAAAAGUGAAUUUAGGCUGUAAUGUAGCGAAGUUUUUUCUACAACGUUAGCAUGGAACUCACAAUUGAACUUUAGAUAUUUUAAUGUUGUAAACUGUUCAUGAAUAAUUGUUCUUAUACUUGUAUCAAAGUAUAAAACUACGAAUAUUUCUUAGAUAAGAAGAUACUUAUAUUUAUAGUAAGAAAUUCGAAAUCAAAUAUUUCCAUAAGGUGCCAAAAAUAAUAGAAGAUUCUAAGUAAGUUAUUUAUCGAAUUUCAAAUAUUUGAAAUCUUUAGCUACGUUGCAACAUUUUCAUAGUAUAUAGUAGAUAAAAAACAAAGUUUAAACAUCAGAGUUUUAUUGGAAAUUCUUGCGAGCCCCAAAGAAUAUCGAACAUGUUAUUAGUUAUUAAGCAAGUUGUACAAUAUUUUUACGAUUAAGUGGAAUUAAGAAAUAAAAUAUCGUAUAUGUUGUACAGAA